AGUCAGUUGUGAGAUAUCCAAACCGCUGGUUAUCUCCGAAAAGUAAAUAAAACGAACCAAACAAACGUUUAUUUUCAAAUCAACGGAAGUAAAAAGACAACGGAACUCAACCGUUAACUCAUUAAAAACAAAGAAAACCGAAACAGAUCUUAGUUUUUGUUCGGCGAGAAUUUUCAAAGAAAUACAAAAGUAAGUAAAACACAAAAAUAAACCGAUUAUGAAUACGGUGUGGGUAUUGUUAUUGGCCACUGCAGUCUAUGCAGUCGAUGAUCAUGGCAGACUAUUUUCGUGGUCAACGAACUCCGAACAGGCAAGUCAAGUAAAUCAUCAGUAUCACAUCGAAUCGAAUGCAGGAAAUGAACAGUACAAUCAAUAUAAUCAAAAUGAUACGGCCGCCUACACCGCCGAUGAUUUGAUCGAUUCAAUUUUGGCAUCGACUCGCCAGGGUCGCAAUUUGGAUGGUUUCGAUGAAGUGUACAGCGAUCCAACUGUUCAAGAUGCACUUCAAAAGGGUGACGACACACAAGCACGUAAUCUCAUUAAAGACAAACUCUGUACAUUGGGUUUGAUGCAAUGCGAAGGUGCAAGCGGCAGUGAUAUCGAUCAUAAAAAUGCUUUCUUACGUCCGGGAGAAUUAAUCUAUGCACAACCACCAAAUGGACCAUAUCGUGGACAAAAACCACCAACAAAGAUUAUUUAUGGUGCACCACGUCCAAUGCCACCGGGCAUUGUUAAACAGCAACAAUUCGGACCACCACGUAAAGUUGGCUAUGCUCCAGGACCUGUCUACAGCUCAGCGCCGUUCAUCAGUUCACAACCAAGCGGUCCAAGUUAUCAGGGUCCAAUUUCCGGUCCAAUUUACCACUCAAAACCACCAGGCCCAAUCAUCGAUUCACCACCAUACAAAUUUGAUUCGCACAAUGAACACAUUCUUUCGAAUGAAGAAUUCCAUGCACUUGGAUUGAGCAGCGAUCAAGGACCAGUAAAGACAUCGAUCAACGACGGAAUCACCGGAGGCGGUUCAAAUUCAGUCAAUAUUCAUCAUCAUUAUCAUCAUAUUGACGGAGCUGCAAACACUCAUGAUAAUGUAAAAGCACCGGCGGUUAUUGUAAACAAUCCAAUUCCAGUGCCCGUUCCAUCAGUACCUUUGGCCACAGGUGAAUACAGUCCAAAUCAAGGCGGCAGUUUCAACAAUGGAGGCGGUUUCAAUAAUGGCGGUGGUUACAAUACACUGUCUACUGGCUAUCAAUCGUUCAAGCAACAACAACAAUCCGGUUUCAAUGGAUUCAAUUCAGUCAAUGGAAUUAAUCCAUCGGGAUCAUCGUACGGUAGCGGCACAAAGCCAAUUUUCGAAAGUGUUAGCAACUAUGAUGGUUCGGGCCCAGGAUCAUCUGGUUUCGGCACUUCAGGCUUUGGAAAUGUGAAUUCACUCGGUUCAGGUUCAUUCCAUUCAUCGAACCCCGACUAUUACAAGAAAGCAUUGAAAGGUGGCUCUGGAAUUAAUUCGUUGAAUGGUGGUUCAUAUGGUGGUGGCGGCGGCGGCGGCAGCGGCUCAUCAUACGGUGGUCUCUAUAGUUCUGGUGCCAAUUAUCAAGAAGCUUCACGUCAAGAUAAUUUAGAUUGCGUUUGUGUUCCAUAUGAUCAAUGCCCGGCACGUGAUGUUUUGGGUCGAAAAGGCGAUUUAAUUUUACCACUUGAUCCACGUAAUUUGGGCUCAGACAUCGAAGCAUUCUCCGAAGAAUCAAACUCAACGUCAAACUCAACCGUAAACCGUGUUCCAAAGCAAAUCAACGACAAUGAAAGCAAUGCUGACGAUGAUGAACAAAACAAAUCCAUUGAAAUUGAAACAACACAAGAAGAUGUGAAGAAAAUUUCAAAACGUGAAGUUGCCGAAAAGAAAUCGGAUGAAUUACAAAAAUCUGAUGGUGAAGCUCGACUAUUUGGUCUUGGCGGCUCAGCAGCUGGCAUUGGCGUUGGUGGACUUGGUGGGGUUGGCGUUGGUUUAACGAAGAAAAAAGUUGAACCACAAUUCGGUGUUUCGUUUGGUCUGCCAUAUCCAACUGGUGGCUAUCCGUUGAACACAUUCAAUGGCGGUUAUCCAGCUCAAAAUCCAUACUUUGGAUCGAUCAGUCCAAAUGGUUUGAAUCUUGGCUUGGUUAAUGUCAAUCCAUUGGUAUCAUUUCAAUUUGCAAAAAAUGAAUACGGCGAAAAAACGUUCAAACCAUUAGUAAAUCUGCAUGUGACGCCAAAUGAAAAUAUUAUCAACAAAGUGGGCAAUUUAUUCAAGGCCAAAAAGUAUGGCCUAUUUGGCGGCGGUGGCGGUGGCGUUUCACCAGGUUAUAAUCAACAUUAUCAUACGCAUACACAUUAUCCGGCACCAUCGUAUCAUCCACAUCAUUAUGAAAGUGGACCACCGCAUUUCGAAGGACCGCCACACUUUGAAAGCGGACCACAUUUCGAGCAUUCACCGCAUUAUCCAACUGGACCAUCGCCCGCCUACUAUCCAACCGGAUAUGCCGGCGACUAUGGAUUCAGCAGCCCUGGCUAUUAUCAUGAUUCAUAUCACAAUAAUAAUAACAAUAUCGAAUCAAGUCUUACAAAUGAUCCAUCGUUCAACCAAUUUGAACCAAGCACUUACUAUGGCCGAAGUGCAAAUAGUUCGAUAAAUGCCGUUGAUACAUAUGCCGAUAAUUAUGCAAAUUAUAAUCAACAACAAUCACAAAAUUUUGCACAAGCAAAGGCAAUCAAUGCCGAUGCUGGGCAAACGGUUCAAAAACAAAGUACACAAUCCGUUUCAUUUCCAAGCAAUCGACGCAAACGAAAUGCUAACAGUGACAUCGACACAAAUAACGAAUCAAUCGCUCCAAAGUCAAAACUUCUUGAAAAGCGUCAAUCAUUCAAUCAAAUUCCUCAACAAUGUGGACCAUCACAAGUUUGUUGCCGACGACCAGUACGUCAACAACAAUUCGCUCAGCCAGGCCAAUGCGGUCGCCGAAACACAAAUGGAAUUACUGGCCGUAUUAAGAAUCCAGUCUAUGUUGAUGGCGACAGUGAAUUUGGUGAGUAUCCAUGGCAGGUGGCCAUUUUGAAGAAGGAUCCAAAAGAAUCGGUUUACGUGUGUGGUGGUACUUUGAUCGAUGCUCAACACAUUCUUACAGCUGCUCAUUGUGUAAAGACUUACUCCGGCUAUGAACUCCGUGUUCGUUUGGGCGAGUGGGAUGUAAACCACGAUGUCGAAUUCUUCCCAUAUGUUGAACGUGAUGUUGCAUCCGUCCAUGUUCAUCCCGAAUACUAUGCUGGUACACUUGACAACGAUUUGGCUGUCUUGAAAUUGGGCAUUCCAGUUGAUUUCCAAAAUAAUCCACAUAUUAGCCCAGCCUGUUUGCCCGACCGAUAUUCUGACUUCACAGGACGACGCUGCUGGACAACGGGAUGGGGUAAAGAUGCAUUCGGUGAUUUUGGCAAAUACCAAAACAUUCUCAAGGAAGUCGAUGUACCCAUUAUUGGCCACCAACAAUGUGAACAACAAUUGCGUAACACUCGUCUCGGCUACACCUAUCAAUUGAAUCCAGGUUUCAUUUGUGCUGGUGGUGAAGAAGGAAAAGACGCAUGCAAAGGAGACGGUGGUGGUCCAAUGGUGUGCGAACGAAAUGGUGUUUGGCAAUUGGUCGGUGUUGUUUCAUGGGGAAUAGGUUGUGGACAAGUCAAUGUGCCAGGAGUCUAUGUCAAAGUUGCCCAUUACUUGGAUUGGAUACAACAAAUCGCUCAAACAAGAUUUUAAGUGAUAAUAUGAUGAUUUCGUCGAUUUAAAUAUUAUUAGGAUAUUAUUAUUUUUUUUUCUUUUGUUGAAUACGAAAAACGAACUAUGUAUUUAUCUUAAUUUAUUUUCAAUUUAAUUUUAAUGGAAAAUUCAUCGAUUACGCACGCACAUACACACACAUACAUAAAAUUCGAAAAUCAAUCUCUUUAUCUAGAUGUGUAUUCAAGAUUUUUUCUCUCGAACCAGAAUGAAAUUAGAAUAAACACAAAGAAAUAGUUUGUGAUGUUCGAUAAACGAUAAUGUUAGCAGGUUUAGCACAUUCAUACGAUAGCAUAAUUUUUCUCUAAAGUUUCUCUUUUUCACAAUUGAUUCGAAAUUAUUCUAAUGUUUUGUUUGGAUUACAAUUGCAAUACAGUGCAAUCCAAAUGUAAGUGUAAUAUGCAUUUGCAUAUUUAUUAUUUUUUUAAAUAAAAAUGAUGUUUUUCGUUGUGGUUAA